GCUUCAAGAAAAGGUUGUCUUUGUGGGACUCCUUGGGCCAAAAGAAAAUGAAAACUUGGCCCUUGAGAUUAGAUGAAAAUGGUAGUUACGUAAUUUCCUUCACAUUUUUCUAGAGGGUAAUUUCGUAAAUUGAAAGCUGACCUUUUCUCGAAUCCGUCUACGUGGCGGCCACUGCAAGUGCCCACAAAAACACUCUCAUGAAUCAUCUCAAUCUCAGCCGUCGGAUCAGAAUCCGAUUCUUUUCCGAGACGGCAAUAACCAGGCAAGUUGAUAAACAAUGAAAAAAAAAGAAAUCCCAAACCCAAUCUCUUCUUAACCAUGGUUAAGUCAAUUAACCCCACAAACCAAGUUUCUCAAAAGGUCACGAAGUUUCUCAAUAAUUACAGAAACGCCAUUCAUCCUCUUCAGCUAUAAAUUCGCAUUCUGAUACUCGCUAGGUUUGCCGAACCAACUGUCCUCCGGGAACCCCUAAAGAGAAAAAAAUCCUCAUCAAUUGCCUUCUUCCUCAAGAAACCUCUUUCCUCUUUCAAUUUGAAUUUCCCAAAAAAAAAAAAAAAAAUUCAAAAUGGUGUUUAACUCUUCUAAAACCAGAUCCAGCGGGCCGGUGCUACGCUCCGUAUCACCGUCAGGUCGUUUCUACGGCGGCGUAUCGUCUCCUUCCUCAUCAGGUUUCGCUUCCUCCACAAGCUCGAGCUUCUCGUCUACAUCCUUUUUCAGCAACCGCCGUCAACAGCAACAUCCCCACCACAGAUCCGCGUCUCCCACCCGCGUGAACCUCUUCACCUCAACGCCGUUGAACCAGUCGUUCCGUUACUCGAUCGAUAACAGAUCCGUCUCCCCCAACCAAUCCGUCGCCGUUUCGAAGCCGAGCGGCAAUAAGAUCCCCGAUUCGCGAAGGAGGUGUAUGUGUUCGCCGACGACUCAUCCCGGAUCCUUCCGGUGUAGUUUGCAUAAGAACGUGGCGAAUCCGCACGGUCAAGGCGCGGCGACGUAUUCGACGAACGGAUUGAAUAUGCGUAGAUCGGCGAUGACGAAUUCGCUGGUGAGAAUCGGUGGUGUUGAAGGUGAGUGGGUGAGAAGAGCGUUGACGACGCUGAUAAGGCCUUCGUCGCAUCAGCUGAAGAGGCGAUCUGCUUAUCAGCCGAGGCCUAGCAGGCUAUCGUCUAUGUCGAAGGCGGAUGAUGUUUGAUCUGGUUAUCAGGUUUGUUCUUGUUUCUGAAUCAGCCACAGUUUCUGGAUAGAUCCGGCGAAGAAGUCUGGAUCUGGAGCGAGCUGGAUCUGCGCGGAUGGGCCGAGUCAUAUUGGGCCGAGUCAAACCGGAGGGAGAUAUGUAAAAACGGAGACUGAAACGACACCGUCUUAUAAGACUUGUUAUGUUGGGUGAAGAUGAGAUUGUACCUUAGUACUCAUAUGAUAACGAAGAAAGCAGAUAAUGUUUCCCUAAGCAGAAAAUAUCUUAGAACAAAUUAAAGAACAAAAUCGAAUUGCGUAAUUUAAAUCUGGAUAUGAAACAAAGGGACUGUCAAAUAUUCUGGAUCCCGUUUGAGUUUUGCGCCGUUUGCCUUCGCCGUUAUCUGUUCCGUCAACGUUCUCCACUGCCGUAGACCCGUUCCGUUUGCCGUUAACCGUCGUCGUGUGGCUCGUUGUGUGUUCCGUUAUGAUUCCCAGGUAUUUGUUGUUCGUCGUGUGUGUGAGGUUUCGUACGAAGGGGGAGAAAGAACAUGACUUAGGCUAACCGUUACAUUCAACUUUGGUUUUUGUGGACUUUGAACAUAGGAAGAAACUGGACUGUAAGGAAAAAUCAACAUUUUGACCUUGGUACAUUUAUGUGGGACAAUAAGUAGUUCGAAAGAACAAAGAAAAGUAGUAUCGAAUUUUGUGAAUCAUAGACCUAAGUUUUCGAAAGGAGAUUCUUGAAACCA